UUUCCUCUCUCUCUCUCUCUCUCGCUUUCGCUCUCGAGCGCGCGCUUUUAUUUAUUUUUUUGUGUUAUUGUUAUUGUUAUUGUUAUUAGCGCGAGCUCCGGAGCGCGAGCGAGCUCAGUGUCGAGUUUGUGUUCCUCGCGACUCAGUGGAGGUGCGCGCAAAAAAAAAGUCACGAGCGACUUCUCUAAACGCCUCGGAGAAGGUUAUGAGAGAAGCAUGGAGUUCCCAGACCAUAGCCGCCACUUGCUGCAGUGCCUUAGUCAGCAGCGUCACCAGGGCUUCCUGUGCGACUGCACGGUGCUGGUUGGAGCAGCACGGUUCCGUGCGCACCGGGCCGUGUUAGCCUCGUGCAGCAUGUACUUCCACCUUUUCUACCGGGACCAGCUGGACACCCACGACGUGGUGCGACUGAACAGCGACAUCGUGACGGCGCCGGCAUUCAGCUUGCUCCUCGAGUUCAUGUAUGAGGGUAAGCUCGAGUUCAGCACGCUGCCGGUGGAGGACGUGCUGGCCGCCGCCAGUUACCUGCAUAUGUAUGACAUUGUCAAAGUGUGCAAGGGAAGGCUGAAAGAAAAGGAGCUGUCCUGCCUGGAUGAGAAACUUGUUGACAGUGUGAGUCUGAGCUGCUUGGACAGGGAGAGCUUGACUGACAGGGAGACAGAGCCCAGCAAAAUCCCCCUGAGAGGCCAAAUGGCAGAUGACAUGGACAUGGAUGACAUCACAGAUUGCGAUAGGCCAGCACUGGCAAGGCAGAAGGCUAACGGUCACCUCAGUGGGUCUCCGGACCUUGUAGGUGUCAAUUAUGUGUCAGCCGAGGCCGAGGCCCGUGUGCGAACAGCUGGAAAAACGAAUGUGGACGUCAGCGGUGCGUCCCAAAGGUCCCGGGCGCCCGAUGACACGGACAGUGCGCUGGACUUGUCUUUGAAGGCGCUGUCGGGCAGAGAUGUGGGACAGCUGGCCCUCGACAGGCAGCAGCAGGGCAUAGAGAUGCACGCUCGAGACGAACACGGCACGCUGUCAGUGAAGGAGGAGGGUGGGGGUGCCAGCUUUGGGAAUAGUGUGCCCAUGACAGGGUUCGAUGCCCUCUUUCGGGGCAAAAAUGGCACUCUGCUGCCCCCGGAGGAGCACCUGAUGAUGGAGGAUGAAGAGGAGGAGGUGGUGGGGUUGGACGCUGAUGAAGAGGAGGAGGGGAUGGGAAGAAGGGUGGGGGUUUUAAUGGCACAAAGGGAACGGAGCCACAGCCGAGAGGGGAGCGAGGAGGCUCGAGGAAGAGGAGAACUACACAGUGAGGAGGAAGAUGACGACGAAGAGCUGGCCUCCACGGACAUUGCUGCACUCCUGCCACCUCCAGGCACUGUUCCAGUCUGUGUGUGCCCACUAUGCAGCAAGGCAUUCCCAACACCACAUGCUCUGCAGCCGCACCUGAGCUCGCACUUCCGCGAGCGGGAGGGCGCACGCACCAAGCUCUCACCCGACGCUUCGGUGCCCACCUGUGCUCAGUGUGGCAAGACCUUCUCAUGUGCGUACACAUUAAAGCGGCACGAGCGCACACACUCGGGCGAGAAGCCCUACACGUGUGCCACGUGCGGUAAGAGCUUCCAGUACUCGCACAACCUGAGCAGGCACGCAGUGGUGCACACACGCGAGAAACCUCACGCCUGCAAGUGGUGUGAGCGCCGCUUCACGCAGUCAGGAGACCUGUACCGCCAUAUCCGCAAGUUCCACUGCGCCCUCGUCAAGACCCUCUCUAUUGGAUAAGCACACUCCUUUUCUACUCCCAAAGGCUGUUUCUGACCUACAUAGAUGAAGUAUUUAAACAUAGAGGGGUGUCCUUCUCUAAACCCUAAGCCACACUGGUUUUUGGUGACUAUGCACUCGACCGGCUGUAGAUAUGUUACAACUUAAAAUUGGAUCCAGUAUUUUGCUGUAUUUUAAUGCAGAGUUUAAAGGUCUAAAAGACUAAAGGUCCUAUUGGAGUCCCUCCACCCAGUGGAGAAGUGUGAAAUGAAGGUUUUUGAUGCACUUGGUCAGUCACUGGCAGCAUCUUCUGAAGUUAAAUGAUAAAUAUGAGUUUUUUUGUCAUGUCCUGUCAACAAUAGUAUAAGUUGUGAAGUAACUGCAUAUUCCUGAAUGGAUGAAUCAUUGUAUUGAAGUGAGCAGUUGAAACAUACGUUAAGUCAUAUCUGCAAAUUGAUUUAAUCAUAGCUUCAUAAUUUACAGAUUUUUGAUCUCUAUUCGGGUUAAAGUCCUACUUGCUGAAUCCGGAAAGGUGGAGAAGUUGGUAAUUAUUUGGCUGUCGCUUCUUUAUCACUUCUGGGGAAACAGGGUCAUGUGUCUCCUCUUGAAUUGGAAACCGUUUCUGAAGUAAUACAAUUAACGCACAGGCAAUUUGCAAGAACAACUACUACCUUUAUUAUAACUAUUGCAGUUUUUCUGCAGUACAUAAAAUGAAACGAGGGUUUUUUGUUUGUUUUUGUUUUUGAGAAGCUGAAUGAGGUGAAAUGGGACCUCUGGAUGGAACUCAGAUAACCCUUUUUAUUAUUUUGCUAGCAUUGAGUUCAUUUUGGUGGGUCUUUAUUAAUCCUAUUUGACUGGAAACACUAACAAUUUGGUAAAAAAUUCUGGUGGAACAUGAAUAUUGAAGCCUUUCUAUCUUUUUACUUAACUUUAUCCUUUCGUUCCUUCCUAACAUUUUUGAGUUAGUUGUUUUGGAUAACGCUCACAGGUUAACUUUUGUUUUUUAGUUUUAACGCUCACAGGUUAAGUUUAGUUUUUUAGUUAUAAAGGCAAGAGGCACUAAAAGUCCACAUAAUACUGUUUCAUUUUUCCUGAGAAAACUUGAUUAGAAUUAUUUAUUAGUUCUGUGGUUUCAGGGUUUACUGUAAACAUCUGAAGUAUAGACAGUUGUGUUAGGUCCUAAUAUGUCCUAUGGGUACUGUUUCGGCUACACUGAAUGGAUUGAUUGUAAAAUCAGUUGCUGUAUAUCGGUUUAUCAUUUCACUGUAACUUGUGUAGAUAAGCCAUUUUAAUCACUGUUUAUCAAGAGUUGACUCCAGAAAUGCUAAGACGCACUUGCUUUGUGCAUACAUAGACUGUACAUACAACACUGAUAUUCUGUAGGCUGCUAUUUCUAACUGUAUAUUUAUUGUAAAUAUGCAUUUUAUUUAUCUUUGUUUUCUUGACAACAUCUGGAAUCUCUCAAAUCUUUUGACUUUCGAAGUUGAAGUCUUCCCUUGUUUUGUUGGUCUGUUUUAAAGCCUGUAAUGCUGUAAGGCUGUGACAGAUGUAGCAGAUUCAUAAGCACAAUGUCACCAAGACUUGCAAUAGCUGGAUUAAUAGUCCUACAAUUAAAAAAAAAAAAAGCAUUAUCCCAGGUAUUUAUUUAGGGAGUAACACAUCACAUUUUGCUCUAAACUACUGGAAGUGUUACAAACACUGUUUCAAGUGUUACAAACACAAGUUUCUGUCACCAGAACUGUUUAAUGUAAUGUUUCCUGCAAAAAAAAAAGAAAGAAAGAAAGAAAGAAACAUUAGAGCAUAAACGUGUGAUUCUCACUGACUGGACUACACUUUGAAACCAUUUCGUCAUUGUUGCACAUUUGUUGGGCAGCUGUUUAAAAAGCGUAUGUUUUUACAAGCUCUGUGUAUGUUUAAGGGUCUUCAGUUAAGCUUCUGUGUGGGACACUGGAAAUUAGUGGAACUUACAUGAACUUUUUCAGAGAAUGGUGUAAUUAUAUUACUAAGUAGAACUGGAAAGUAAGUCUUUUUCAGAUGGUCUAUUUGACGCAGCUAAUACUGAUGAAUUGUGGGUGCUUUAUUUGAAAUGUAUGUGUGUAUGUGUGUGUUGAUAAAAAUCUGACUCCACUGACGUUCAUAUGUUGAAGUAAUAUGCAUCGACUUGAUCUACACAGUAUGUGCCUUGUUGACACACAUUAAUCCAACAGCAAAUUCAUUAUUGGGCAUUAUUGUGGGCCUGUAAUUAUUCAUUCUCCACAAGCUGUUACUAAUGGCAAAAAAAAAAAAAAAAGGCAACAUAAGGUGAUAACAUUUUGUUUGCUUUUCAUGUUAAAAUUGACAGUACAAUAAGAGUGUUUUUUAAGAUAGAAAAGAUCACAAAAUGUUAAAAGAACAGAAUACGAUAUUAUGAUAUUAGGCUGUGUAUAGUACAUAGAGGAAACAGGUGCAUCAUACUUGAAGUAACUUCCUGUUCGGAUGCAGUCAUGUGAUCAGCAGUGAGCCAAUAUUUAACUAUCACAUAUGACCAGCAGGAGCAUAAUCAUGGAUAAUGCAAGCAUCAGUAAUAAUUCUUUAAGAUGUGCUUUGAUUUGAGAAAUCGAGCCAUUACUUUAGGCAUGAAUAUGCUUUUCUUCAGCAAAAGUGUGUGUGUAAACAUUAAUACUGGAAUAUCUGUCUUCUAAGGUUCAGACUGUGAAACUGUAUAAUCAUAAGAGUUAUUUAUUGAUUUCUUUCUUGUGCAAAUAUUUUACUGAGUUUGACUUAAGUAAUGAAAGAUGCUACUAAACGGAGAACAUUUUUAAUAGACUUUGUAGAAGUGCCAUUAGAUUUAAUAUAAUUUUUUUGAUAAGAAACAUAUAUUUUAUAGGAAACAGAUGCUUUGGUGUUAGUGCUGUAGUGAAUGUAGGUGACAAUCUGUUUGAUUUAAUUUUUUUUUUUUUUUUGGACAGAUUAACGCUGUUAUGUUCCGACUUGGAAUUUGUUUGUGCUUUUUAUUUGCCGCUUUUGACGUGUACCCGUGUGUGUGCUGUGGAAAAAGUGACAAUCUUGAGCUAGGACUUUAUUUCGAUUCUGUAUAGAUUAAAUAGAGAAUCUUAUG